AUGGGAGAUUCCAAGCUCGCUGUCGCGCUGCUCGUCGUCAUCCUCGUUGCGAGUGAUGUAGGAGUGUCGCUGGCGCUGGGAGCACCUGCCAUCAGAGGGAUGACUGCUGGCGGCGGCGGCACCAACCUGACUGGUACUACGGGUGUGACUUGUGCCCUUCCCUGUGUGACGUGUCUUGCCAUUCUCCCUUCCCCUCUGUGUGACGUGUCUUGCCAUUCUCCCUUCCCCUCUGUCCAUGGGAGCGAAUGCCGCUGCGGCCACCGACGUGGUGCGGCUGUAUGUGCGAAUGACACGGUGAUGCUCCUCGGCUCGCUCGCGCAGCCGCGCAAAGUCCGAUUCGAAUUUGAGCGCUGCGUAUCCGUGGGGAAAGUGAUGCCCGAAGUCGCGUCCGCGAGCGGCGGCGGAGGAGGUGCGGUGGACGCGCUGCUGUUGUGGGACGUGUUUUUGGGUGACGCGCAUUUCGAGCGCACGGUGUGCGACGCGGUGCAGCUGUUCGCGUCGCCCGACUGCUCGGGUACUGCAGCGGCAGAGUACCAAAACACGGUUUACCACACAAGGGACAUGAGUGCGUUCAAGAUGGACGCAUCAGUGAAGUCCAUCCGCUGCGUUCUCGACGACAUCUGCAGCCGUGUCAAGUGCCCGGCACACUCCACGUGCAUCAAGACAAACGACAGCAUGGAGGUGGCAUGCCAGUGCGCCCAGGGCUACCGCAACGUCUACGGCACAUGCAAGCCCCAAGAACCUGCACCCGAAUCCUGGAGGCUGGAGGUGGCCUGCCAGUGCGCCCAGGGCCACCUAAACUCUACGGUGAAUGCAAGCUCCUCUCUUCCCUUCUCGUCCCAGAUUGCCUUCCUCUCCCCUCUUCCUCCAUACGCCACGUCCCUUCCUCCCUCCUAUCCUAUCCUCCCUCACGCUCUCCCACUCCUUUCCGCCAUGUUCCCUAGCCCCUCCACUGCCACUGCUAUGUUGGGAACCCUUGCAAAGCCUCUCUUUCCUCUCCCAUUCCUUUCCACCAUGUUCCCUGUCUCCUAG